UGAAACGAGGCAGCAUCAUGGCGACAGAGAAAUCAAGUACGAAGCAGGCAUCUAAAGGAAAAGCACUUUCACACGAACAGAUAAUAGCCGGCUUCAAUGAAUUGCGGCAACAACAGAGAGCAGUAGCUUCUAAGUUGUCGGAGUUAGACAUGGAACGGAAGGAACACGAGCUUGUGGUUGAAGCUCUGAAGGACGUGGCCCCAGAGAGGAGGUGUUUUCGCAUGGUGGGGGGAGUGUUGGUGGAGAGAACUGUCCAGGAUGUUCUUCCAGCACUGACAGCUAAUAAAGAACAGAUUGCCAAACUGAUAGAAACCUUAACACAUCAGUUAGAAGUGAAGGGGAAAGAAAUAAACGAGUACCGCAGUAAAUAUAAUCUUCAUGUACGAGGAGAAGAUGAGCAGAAACCUUCAGAAAAGACUGAAGCAAAAAGUAGUGGUGUUUUAGUGGCUGGAGAUUCUUAGUGCAUGUUAACAUCAGAGACCAUCAAUGCCUCCUAGUGAGGUUUGAGAACAGCGUCCUGUCCUUUCAUAGUCUGUUCCAGGAAUAAGCAGUGGUCAGAAUGCUGGAAAUGGUUGAAGUUACUAAAGUGCAGCAAGUUGGUUCUUUGUUCUGACAUUAACUGAAAAAAAAUGUCAUGAAGUCUACACUUACAGGGCAUCAGUGGCAUGCUCUUGGAAAAGAAAUGAUUUAAAAAUGAUAAUGUCAUGAAGAAAUGGAUCCUUGUGUUUCAGGGUCAAGAUGGUCGUCUGUUUUCUGUUUAGGUAAUUAUCGUUUCAUGAUGGUUAUUGAAUUCUUGACAAGGAAAAAUGCACUCAUCUCAGUACAUAUGGUACAUUUGGCGUGUUUUCUAUGAUAGAGUAGCAGGUAUCUGAAAAUUAACUGACUGCUUUUUAAAAGAACUAGACCUGAAGAAAGACACUGCCUUUUGUGAGGUAAAAAAUGACAGGGUUUAGUGUACUGGAUACGUGAAUGGUUUGAUUUUGUAUAAGCUGUUUAUGUAAUAGUAUAUGUGGUAACCAGGUAUGCAGUGUGUGAAAUAAACAGUGUGAACUGCACCAUGAUGUAAAUU